CAUAGUUUAAGAUAGAAUAUGUAUGCUUAUCAUGUUUAUUGCGGUUGAAUUUCAGAAGGGGAGCUAAGAAAUUUAUAGAAACCAGAAGGUUUGGCAUUAAUGAAGUCAGGUGACCUCUUGAACUUUAAACUUCCACAUCACAAUAUGAAGCUGGCUCUAAGAUAAGAAAUAGAAUAAAUUCUCUCCUAAGGACAGACCUGAAUCUCUGAUUGCUCAGAGGCUGAAUUAACUGGAGACCAUGGCGUUUGAUGGUACUUGGAAGGUAGACCGAAAUGAGAACUAUGAAAAGUUCAUGGAAAAAAUGGGUAUUAAUGUGGUGAAAAGGAAGCUUGCAGCUCAUGAUAAUUUGAAACUGAUAAUCACACAAGAAGGAAAUAAAUUCACAGUCAAAGAAUCAAGCACUUUUCGAAGCAUCGAAAUUAUUUUUGAGCUUGGUGUCACUUUUAAUUACAGCCUCGCAGAUGGAACUGAACUCAGUGGGGCUUGGACCCUGGAGGGAGAUAAACUUGUCGGAAAAUUUAAACGGUUGGACAACGGAAAUGAACUAAAUACUGUCCGAGAAAUUAUAGGUGGCGAAAUGGUCCAGACUUACACAUAUGAAGGUGUGGAAGCCAAGAGGAUUUUCAAAAAGGAAUGAGCACUGUUCCCGGAGCAUUGCCCAGAACACAGAUUAGAUGGAAAAUCUAUAUUGAACCAGAAAUGCUUUCCUCUCCUCAUCUGGUAUAUAGUUGCUGAUUGAUUAGAUCUUUUAUAAGCACUGGUCAAUGGCUUAUAUUUCCAGUCUCACCAAAGAAAAACACGUAAAAGCUAAUUAGGAUUUAACUUGUUUUACACUUUCUAAGAUGUACAUUUACUGGUGUUCUAAAAGAAUGUGACAUUUUAAAAAACAUAUGAAUAAAUAUUGUUCUACAUUGCUUCAAAAGUAGUCUCUCUUUAAAAAAAAAAAGCUAUGUGACAUGUGCAUUAAUAGACUACUUCGGGUUCUUCCCCACAUUUGGUAAAUUAAAGACAUAUAUUGCAUGGGGGUCUUUAUAAUCUUAUACUGGUUGUAUUUCCCUUAGGAACAUUUAUUAUAAAAAUAAUACAUAUUUAACCAGAAAGUUUAGAACUAAGAAAAGCAAAUGCAAAAUAAAUAUUUAAGCCAGAGAUAAUCACUAUUCUGAUUUUAAUAGAGAUCCUCCAUCUUUUUCUCUGGCUGUGGAUUUGUUUAUUUCUCCAUACAUACAUACCACUCUGAAUAAAAUGAUAGGAAAUAAAUGAUGUGCUAAGGUAAAGAAGUGCAUUUUAUUUUUCUACAUUGCAGUGAUUCCCAGACCUGGGUAAGUCUCAGGAGCAUCUGAGAAACUUAAGAACUGUUUGCAUGCUUAAUCUCUAUCAUUAUCCUAUUAGAUCAGAAUCUCUGAAAACAGAGCCAGGGAUUUUAGAGGACUUCCAAGUGAUUCUGAUGCAGCAGGUACACUAACUAAUCCGUCUGAGAACAAGCUGACCAUCACACUCCAGAAGUGUCAUAUUCAAGUGUCAUCCCUCCUCUUUUAUUCAUAAACACAACACUGACAGUUCUUCUGGGCCCCCCAAGUCUUCUCUCACUCAUAUACUCACAUAAUACACUACUUUAUGUAUUUCAACCAAUUGCAUUUUAGGUUGGUGUGUAUACAGGGCGCAGAGGUGGUAAAUUUUUUUUAGCAUUUGGCUCUAUGGACUUUUGUUUUGACUAUUUUUCACAUUGAUGAAGGUAAUAGCUAACAUUUAUACAGUUCUUACCAAGUUCCAGGUACUGUUCUAAGUUGUAUAUAAACGUGGCAGAUACAUUACCAUGUAGAAAGAAAAAUGUGUACAUGUUGAAGGUGAACAGAUUAAAUACAACCUUUCACAAAAACAA